AUGCCGCAGCCUAGGUCCCCGGUCACAGCAGACGACCUGCGAAACCUUGCUGCACGCUACAAUAUCACUAUCAAGCCUGGUCCUGAAGAAGACGCAUACCUCCUCCUCCUGCAAUCCGCAGAAGCCCUUCACAGGAUCAUACGAGAUACAACCGACUACGUCCACCCGGAUCUCGCUCCAGUUCCUACUAGAGCACCGCGGGGAUUCCGCAGACUUUCCAGCGCCGAAAAUCCGCUGAAUGCUUGGAGCCAUGUAUCAAACAUCACUGCAGCGAAUCCAAUCAACACUCUACUCGCUGGUCGAACGGUUGUGGUAAAAGAUAAUGUUUCAGUCGCGGGCCUGCCGACUACACUAGGCAUACCUGCUUGGCUCCACUCAAAGGCCGGCGAGUAUCAACCCUCACCGAUUGAUGCGACGGUAGUGCGGAGGUUGUUUUUCGCCGGCGCUACGCUGAAGGGGACCGCGGUCUGCGAGUCUUACUCGGCUGCUCCUGUGUCCUUCACGUCAGCCACUGGCGCAGUGCACAAUCCGUGGGCACGAGGUCACACUGCUGGUGGAAGUAGCAGCGGUUGUGCGGCGCUGAUAGGACAAAGGGCUGUUUUGAAAGAGUCAGGUUCAGCCAUCAACGGACCCCAUCAAGGAUCCCCUACCGUUGAGCUCGCAGUUGGAGGCGACCAAGGAGGAUCAAUCCGUGUUCCGGCUGCGUACACAGGGGUCUAUGGGCUCAAGCCAACGCAUGGUCUUGUUCCAUACACUGGAGCUGUCUCCUUAACACCCAUGAUUGACCACUUGGGGCCAAUGGCCACCAAGAUCGAAGAUAUAGCACUCAUGCUGAAAGUUAUGGCUGGAUACGACGGGCUCGAUUCACGUAUGACACCGGAGUCGCCAAUGCCAGGACAAGUAAAAGACUACCCAUCCUUGGUCGCCGACUUCAUCAAGAGUGCAAAGAGUACUACAUUACAAAAGCCGGUGAUGAAGGUGGGUGUACUCCGGGAGGCCUUUGACUUCCCCGGCCUCUCCGCUGAAGUGCGUGACACCGUCCUGCAAAACGCAAAAGCAUACUUCUCAGCCGCAGGCGCAGACAUCCUCGAAGUAUCUGUCCCCAUGCACCGCGAAGCCCCUGCAAUCUGGACCGUCGCGGCACGAACUUCGCUAGCUGAUUACGGCCUCGCCAUGAAGCCGCCCGGCUACCUCUCGUACGCCCCCGAUCAUAUCGAUACGCAGUGGCCGCCAACCCAGGAGAUGUAUGAUUACCUUAGCGCUGGGAAUCCGACGAUCAUGAAUCUCAUCUUUAGCACGGACUACCUGCGCGAGACAUUUGGAACAAGUGUGGAAUUUAAGGGCCACCGGAAGGUCUUCGAGCUCCGCGCUGCAUAUGACGCUGUCCUGUCCGAUGUUGAUGUCCUUAUAACGCCGACUGUUCCGACCGUCGCUUUUGAAUUCCCAUCAAGCACAAAGGGGGGCACCGAAUGGGGAGAUAUUGGGGAGAGAGUGACGGCGGCAGUGGGGUUGAGCUAUAACACUUGUCCGUUCAACGUCACGGGGCAUCCGGCCAUGAAUGUGCCUUGCGGGCUUGGUGGUAGUGACGGUAAGAAGCUGCCGAUUGGAAUGCAGGUUAUUGGCAAGAGGUGGGAUGAUGAAGCGGUGUUGAAGGCUGCGGCGUUGUUUGAGAUGGGGAGGGAUGGACUUUGA